GGGAUAGUUCAGAAAGAAGCUUGACUUUCCCUAACACAGAGUCGAAAGAGGAGGCCUUCCAUUUCCCACUGCAGUGGUGCCAUAGUAAGCCCAGGUGUUACUGGGCUUCAUAAUGUUUAUUACAGGCUGAGCAAUGUUGUUGGAGUUGGGUCCCACUGUGAAAAAGCAUGCAACCCUAGGAUGGGAAACCUAGCUCACGGGCGGAGAUUGUGGACAGAUACCACAUGUGGACUCAACUCCACAGAGUUUUACUGCUCAUACAGUGAGAACGCAGACCUGACCUGUAAGCGGCCCAAGUGCAACAAAUGCAAUGCUGCGUAUUCGCACCUGGCUCACCUGCCCUCUGCCAUGGCUGACUCUUCUUUCCGAUAUCCACGCACCUGGUGGCAGUCAGCUGAGGAUGUACACAGGGAGAAAAUCCAGCUGGAUUUGGAAGCUGAAUUUUACUUCACUCACUUAAUCAUGGUGUUCAAGUCACCGAGGCCAGCAGCAAUGGUUCUAGAGCGAUCUCAGGAUUUUGGGAAAACAUGGAAGCCUUACAAAUAUUUUGCCACUAACUGUUCAGCAACCUUUGGCCUAGAAGAUGAUGUGACAAAGAAAGGAACAAUUUGCACUUCUAGAUACUCAAGUCCCUUUCCCUGCACUGGAGGAGAGGUUAUUUACCGAGCUCUGUCACCACCUUAUUCAGCUGAAGAUCCUUACAGCACUGAAGCUCAGGCACAGCUGAAGAUCACCAACCUUCGAGUUCGGCUGCUUAAGCGACAGGCCUGCCCAUGUAAGGACAAUGAUCUGAAGGCAAAGCCUCAACAGUUCAUGCACUAUGCAAUCUCUGAUUUCAUCGUGAAGGGCAGUUGCUUCUGUAAUGGCCAUGCUGAUCGCUGUGUACCUGUCUCUGGAUUUAAACCUGUCAAGGCAGCAGGCAUCUUCCACAUGGUCCAUGGAAAGUGCAUGUGUAAGCACAAUACAGCAGGCCUCCACUGUCAGCACUGCGCUCCACUCUACAAUGACCAGCCCUGGCAGGCUGCAAAUGGCAAAACCGGAGCCCCGAGAGAGUGCCGAUCAUGUAAAUGUAAUGGACAUGCUGACACAUGUCACUUUGAUGUGGGUGUGUGGCUAGCAUCAGGGAAUCACAGCGGUGGAGUCUGUGAUAACUGUCAGCACAACACAGAAGGACAGCACUGCCAACGUUGCAAGCCAGGCUUUUACCGAGAUCUCAGAAGGCCUUUCUCGGCUCCAGAUGCCUGCAAAAUGUGUUCCUGCCAUCGUGUUGGAUCAGCUAUGCUUCCCUUCAGCACAAGUACCUUCUGUGACCCCAGCAAUGGUGAUUGCCCCUGCAAGCCUGGAGUGGCAGGUCCUCAGUGUGACCAGUGUAUGGUGGGAUACUGGGGCUUUGGAGAGUAUGGUUGCAGGCCAUGCGACUGUGCUGGAAGCUGUGACCCACUUACAGGUGACUGCAUCAGCAGUGCGGAUAUAUACUGGCAUCAUGAGAUACCUGAUUUCCACUCAGUGUUUAAUGAAAGUGAGCCAAGAUGGGGAUGGGAAGAUGAACAAGGAUUCUCAGCUCUUCGGCAUUCAGGUAAAUGUGAAUGUAAAGAACAAGUUUUAGGGAAUCCCCAGGUCUUCUGUGGAAUGAAGUAUACAUAUGUGGUAAAAGCAAAGAUUUUAUCAGCUCAUGACAAGGGCUCACAUGCAGAAGUCAACGUGAAGAUCAAGAAAGUGUUGAAAUCGACAAAGCUUAAAAUUCUCCGAGGAAAGCGGAUUCUCUACCCAGAAUCCUGGACUAACAGAGGCUGUACUUGUCCAAUCCUUAAUCCUGGCUUGGAAUACCUUGUGGCAGGGCAUGAGGAUGUCCGGACUGGCCGACUGAUUGUCAACAUGAAAAGCUUUGUCCACCAGUGGAAAUCAGCUUUUGGAAGAAAAGUCCUGGAGAUUUUAAAAAGAGACUGCAGCUAGAUGUGCACAAGUACUUAAGGCAUUUCUUUAUGCACAAAAGGCAAACUUCACAGACAGAAGACCUCUACAACGAAAACUGGAAUGUAAGAAAAGGGUGCCAAAAUGUGUAGAGUGAUGUUCCAAUUCCUAGGCUCUCUAAGUUAACCCUUCCUGGUCAAUGUUCAUUUACUCCCCUGCAUGUUAUUUAGAAGGAUGCUCACAUAAGCAAAUGUUCCGUGUUACAUUAAAAAAUAUAGGGCCUGAUUCUCAUCUUGAUUACUUUAGUGCAAUUCUAGAGUAACUUCCCUGAAGUCAAUGGCAUCACACUAGCCUAAAUUGAUAGAUGUGAGAGAAAAAGCAUGCCCAUAAGCUCAAGAGGAUGGACAGAAAUGUAAGAUCAGAGUUUGGUCCAACAGCAUUCUGUAGAAGUGAAAGUUAGCUUUGUAUCAAUGGGAUAGCUAUAAUGGCUACAUGUCAUUUGGAAUUUUGCUGUUUGAUUAGGUCAUGCCUUCAGUGAAAACAAUUACGUAUAGCAUUUAUUUAGGUUUUCACAGGUCCUAAGCUUUGGGUUAUGGGCCAAAUUCUUGGUUCAAACACACUGGGGUGAAGUUGUUGCUGGCAAUGGACCAGCUCUGUAUUUGCACCAGUGUAAAAAAAAGUAGCAGAAUUCAGCCCUUCAUGAACCACGUUGUGUUAUGAAAGAGCCAGCUCUAGAAGGUGCAGUGUUUGUGAACUUUUGUCCAUGAAGUGUUAAAACUGAAUCUAUCCAAAUGUAAAUAUUUCAUUGUGUUAAAGCACUUUACUGCCUGCCACUUCACAGUGUGAAAAGCCUAGUUUUGUUGGGGAGAAAAGGAUGCAAAAGUGGCAUAUGAAAUACCUGCUGAAACAGAAGCACUCCUGAAGCCUGCCCUAAAUAUGGACAACAUUAAUGGUUUAAAGGGAAUGGUCCUCUUUCAGCCUUGGCACUGACCCCUCUGAGACUCUAAAGAUGCAAUUUGAAAGUUAAUGUAUUUGCACUGAAGUACCAGCUUCAGACCAACAUUUGGAAUCCAUGGGUAUUGACUCUGAUAAAACUUCACACACAAUGAAAAAAAAAGAGGCUUUGAUACAAGAGCACAAUUGUCAGAGAAGGAGAAUUCUACCUGCGGAAGAAGAGAUGGACUGUUUAAGUGAAAAGGACUCUAAUUCAUAGCUCUGAAUUGUGGACCUGGAGUUUAUUUUAUUUUGAUUUUAGUAUUUAAAACUAUACCUUCAUUUUUAUUUGCAAUAUAUUUGCAAUACAUUAUAUAUUUCCACAUGAGCACCAGUAUGGAAUACUGUAUAUCACCAAGUUAUUGCAGUUUUCAGCACUAGAUUAUGCUUUUUUCUGUGAUGUAUCUCUAAAUUUCAUUGCAUAAAUAUAUUCUGUUCAUCAACACGAGGGGGAAAAAAAAGAGGAGGAACUACAGUGCCGAAAAAAAAACAUGAAUCUGCUUCACGUGCGUAUUUUUUUUCAUGGUCCUGUGGACUUGCAAAAAUGAUGCUAUUUUGGUAAGUUGUUAUAUCUCCUGUGUGUAAUAAAUAUAAUAUGAUUUUAACA